AUGGCGAACACAGCACAUUUGAUGAGGCGACAGAGCUCCCGAGAUCUGUAUGCUCAGCGUUCUAUAGAUCGAAUGGAGAUGAAGGAGCUGCGAGGGCGCUUGGUGACAAUGGAGAACGGCCAUCCUUCCCAUCGCACACACGUCAUGUAUGGAGCAACGAAUGAGGCAUUCGAGGAUACGAGUCCUAAUAGACGUUCUUCAGAGACACCGACUAGUAAAGCGAGCUCGGUGGAAGAUAGGGGUAUCGCGAAGCCCGAAGGAGGUGAAUUAGAGAGGGAGUCGUGGGACAGCAAGCUGACUUUUUUGUUGGCGACAGUUGGGUACGCAGUAGGUUUGGGCAAUGUAUGGAGAUUCCCUUAUUUGGCACAGAAGAAUGGCGGAGGAGCAUUUCUCAUACCGUAUUUCGUGAUGUUGGCUAUAGAGGGUAUACCGAUUUUUUAUUUGGAAUUGGCUAUUGGGCAGCGUUUAAGGAAGGGUGCUAUCGGCGUGUGGCAUCAAGUGUCGCCUUACCUUGGAGGCAUCGGCAUCAGCUCGGCUGUGGUGUCAUUUAACGUUGCUUUGUACUACAACUCGAUCAUCGCUUGGUGUCUCUUCUACUUCGCGCAGAGCUUCCAAGCCGAGCUUCCGUGGUCUGAGUGCCCGAAGAAAUAUUUCGCCAAUGGUUCUUACAUCACCGAGCCGGAAUGUGAGGUAAAUUUUAUUUUGUUAUAUGCUUGCUAUUGUAAAUGA